UUUUUAACUCGUCGACUCUAACCCGCCGUUUCUAUUCUCUUCAACUAUUCUCACAUACUUCACGCAACAAUAACAUAUAUACCUAGGAAUAGGUAUAUAUAUCAAACCCAAAAGCACUCGAUUCAUCAUGAUAAAUUUACCGAGUUUUUUCAUGGCUCGACCGAAAAUAAAAUGCAGUUAGGAACAAGACUGUCAUCCAUCGAUAUGAUAUGGAAACAAUCAUGGGCACUUCAACGGCCCUGUUCCUCGCAAGGAAGCCCAAUAAACUUUAUGGACCACUCUCAUCCUCGCAUGGCCCGUAAUUUUCCUGCGCGAGUGACUUCCCAAGAUUACAUGUAUCCAAUAUUUUGGUAUGGGAAGCACUGAGCGCGGAUCGACGACGAGAUACGCAACAAACCAAUGUUGCGAAUACGCAUCGUUGCGAGUAACCAUCGCGGACUCAAUAUUUAAGCACAGCUUCAAAAUGUAUUCAUUCUAUUUUUUUCCCUUCCCCAUUCCACUCCCAAAAGAUUUCCAACAACCCCAACCCAUAACUGCCAUCUACCGCAGCAAUGGCGACAACACAACAAGACAUUAACGGAAAUACUAUCAACCACCCCACGGCGGCUGGUGUCAUCAUUCAAGGGGGCAAAUUCUGUUGUGGUUUGAUUCGUCUGAAUGGCGCGGCGGUUUGCAACGCCCGCAUCACGAACAAGCGACACAAUAUCUCCUCGCACCUAAAUAAGGAGCACGACCCAAAUUCCGCUCACCAGCAGAAGAAUGCGGUCAAUCUGCAUCGAUGUUCCCGCUGCCAUCGAAUGUGCAACUCGUACAACAUCUACUUGAACCACAUCCGCGAGAAGCACCGGUUCAGUGGUCGCUCUGAUCGUGUCUGGACACGAUGGCGACGCCAACCUCAAGGAAGCUUGGUUCAGUUCUAAGGUACCUCUAUUAGCUGCACGAGACUAGGGUAGCUUGUCCUGGCACCUGCACGACCGGCACGUACAUCGGAUAGGAAGGACUAAGAGGGAACGGAAUACACCUGGAAGGUUUCGGAAUGGAAGGUCGGAGUCACGCCCGGGAGUACCCACAAAAUCGGGAUAUCGCCUAAUACGAAGGACAUAAACUUGAUACCUUAAAACCCAAAUUAUAUUCAUGCAUUUCCCAAAGUUCGAUGUUCUUCCCCCUUUUUGAUAAUGACAUGGUACCCAGGCUAUAUGUUUUCCCGCAGGUGACAAAUGCAAUUACUGUAACCUCUAAAGUGCCCCAUUGAGCUAACUGCCCUUGAGCUAAACUAACAGACGUUGAACCAACAGCUUAGAAAUCAAUUUUUUAUUUUGCUUAAAAAUCG